UUAGUUGAGUCAUUAGAGAUUUGGUUUGUGAUUUUUCUGUCCUACCAUCAGACAUGAAGCUAAAUGCCACUUUACAGACAUCAGAAGCAAAAAAGAGAGUGUGAGCUGAGAGUGAACCGGGGAAACAGAGGAUUCAGUGUUAAGGGGAUGAAAGAGGGAUUGAGUCUCCGCUGUGACUGUGUGACUGUGUGACUGUGUUGAGCGUUUGUCUCUCAGAGAGAGAGAUGCUGAACGCACCAUGACGCUGGAAGUUGCUGUUGGGUACCGAAAACAGACCAGGAUGGAGGAUCAGGACAGAGUCAGUCAGGCCUCCAGCAGCGCCACAGUGUCCUUUCUGCCGAUCAGAGACCAGUGUCAUGAAAAAGUGCAGACGUUUGGAAAGAGAUGUCAAGCGGUGAAGAGAGACCCUAACUGUCCCGUGGUGAUCAGAGGAUGGCUGUACAAGAGGGACAGCACUGGACUGAAAUUGUGGAAAAGAAGAUGGUUUGUUCUCUCCAAUUACUGCCUCUAUUAUUAUAAAGACAGCCGUGAGGAGUCUGUCCUGGGCAGUAUUCCUCUUCCCAGCUACAGGAUUCUCUACUGCUCCCCUAGAGAGUGCAGGAACCGGAAAUAUGCAUUCAAGGUUGUUCAUCAGGGGAUGCGGCCGUACAUCAUGAGCGCUGAAACCCAGGAGGACAUGUUGGGUUGGGUCAGGGCUCUCAGCCAAUCAGCAAGCAUGGAGGCUGAUGACGUCAUCAACAGACGCUGUGCCAGUUUUCAGGACUUCACUCAGAUGGGAUAUAACGCUGAAACCAUGGAGCUCCAGCACACGGCCAUGUUUCCACAACGAAACGCCCAGACCACAACAAAACUGAGCAGGGUGCAGACAGAACCGACUCUACUGGAUCAAGACAUGAUGGGAAUUAAAAUGAAGACACCAGAGCUGAGAGGAAGACAUGAGAGCAGACCAAUCGCACCUGAAGCUACUGAGCAUUCUCAGCGUUUGCUGAACGCAGAUGAGGAACCUCUUUGCUUCCUACAUCCGAAAGCAGCCUUCAAGCAGCCUCCUUUUCCCAGAGAUCAGUAUGGGUCACCGUGCCACAGUAAUAUGGUCAGAGCGGACCAUUGGCCCUUGGAUAACUGCUCGAGUGCUCCAAUGUCACCCUGCUUCUACACAGAGAGGGGACAUCUGCUCGACAAGUCCGAGUUUCCAUGUUCUGUGUGCUACUGUUCCAACUACCAGACAGCAGAACACAUGACAAUGUGCAAGGCAGGUAAAUCAGACAUCCUCAUGGAGAGAGAAAUACAACCAAUCAGAGAUCUGGAAAACGAUACAGAUGUGGUUCUCACUCGUUUGUGUGGUUGUGAUAAACUGCUGCAGUCCGUCUCUAUGCAGCUGGCUCAGUUACAGGCAGAUAAGAAAAGCAUUGAGUAUGCUUUAGAAAUCAAAUGGCUGGGCAUGGAAGACGGACUUCCUGGAGAGCAGGAAGUAUGCCAGAAGGCUUUGCUUCAGGAGGAGCUGGUUACACUCAGAGCCAGAAUAUGUGAUUUGUCAUCGGAGAUGGACAGAUUGUGGAGUGAUUAUGAACGGAUGGAGAGUGAGCUCUCCGUUUUCCAUUCUCACCUCCAACACAUCCUUCACUUUGGAGCGCCGCAGGAGCAGAUUCAGGCACAGAGGCAGCUCUGGAUGAUGGAGGAUAUCUUGUGCGGUUUGAGGGUGAACAAGAACCGCUUUAUGGCCUUACUGGGUCUACAGAGGCAGGGUGUUCCUCAGCCAAAGCCCGUUUCCUACUUUGAGGGCGAGUUAGGAGGCCUCAACAUGGUAAUGAGAUGCACUUCACUCCAUUUUCAGGAAGUUAACGAUAACGUUGCCUCACUCGAGCCUGGAGCCUUGUGCCUUACAAACUCUGAGUCUGACUGCGGUGCUGCCGUGAGCUCUCAGAAACGCCAAACUAAACCCAGAAACACGGAUAAAAGAGACAGAAGCAUGAGUUCCGCCAGAGAGCACUUCAUAGACGACAUUCAUCCCUUGAAACUCAUUACAGCCAGUGAAAAAGAGACCGAUGUCCAGAAGUACACAGCAGAUUCUGCUGUUGUAAACUUGAGUAAUGGCCACAGUGGUGAUAGACGCAAAUUUAAAAGCCACAGGAAUGAGUCAGUUAACCCAAUAAUGCCACAAUGUGCUGAUGCAAAAGUGCACAAUGAAUUCAAGGACAAAACAUCACAACAGUCGUCUCGCAAUGACAUCAUCGUCAUAGAAAGCCACUCCAUCAAUCAUAUUUCAACUCUAACGGUGUUUAAAGGACAUCAGGGAAACAAUCAAAUGCACAAAUCUCAUAAAAAGAACAGAAGCUCUGACCGACAAAAGUAUUCAGUCUCCGCUAACGUGAAAUCUGAGUGUUUUCCGUCAAAUAACCGACAGUGUGAGCUAGUCCCAGUCUGCGUUCACGAUGCAAAACCUCAAGAAUCUCUCCUUCCAGUGGAAAAUCAACAACCAGACCAGGGAACCAAUCAAACGCCUGAUAAACCGGUGGGAGGAGACUGUGGGCGGAGCCAAAGUCCCAAAACAACAUUUGAAAUGGCACAUCUUUGCCAAGCUUAUGGAAUACAAGAAAUGCCCAAUCAAUCGCCAAACGCUCAACCAAUCAUAACUUCUGACAAUCAAUUGACACCCACCUCUGACCAAUCCAAACCAGAGCUAUGCAUUUAUGAGGAAAUCCAGUUUAGCCCGCCAAGAUCAGAAGAUGUUGAAGAUAAUCAGAAGAAUCAAACCAGUGAAGAUGAAACACAACCAUCAAACCUCACUGUAAACGAGUCUGGACCGACUCACACUGAGGUCAAUGGGGAGUACAGAACAAAAAAUACAGAGAAAAGUCAACCAGGAAGUGAUGUUACGUGCAAGAGAGGGAAGCAGAAAGUUUACAGCUCCUUAAUGAAAAGCUCAGUAAUAAAUCAUAAUGUCCAGGACUGCCGGCCACGGAUAACCGUGCUCAGCACCAGCCUGUAGACUAGAGAGCGGCUGCAGAAAGUGUGAGUGAAUGAGGCAAUAAGACACAAAAAAAGAGAGAAGAGUUGGAAAUUCUGAAGUGGAUUGAUAGUAAAUGGUAAGAUUAAAGUAUUGAAUAGGGAAUUAAAUCCCCUUUGCCUUCAGAAAAGCUUCAACCCUUAAUGGAAUAUAAUCAUAUCAUGCUUAUCUCUGUGUGUGGAGAUCCUGUCUGAUUAGGGAUGAAGAAAACUAUAUUUCAUGUGAAACUCAUAAACUGCCGUUUUAGUUGAGAAUGGUGCUGAUUAAACACUGGUCAUUUUUGUGUCAUUUAGCAACUGUCAUAAGAAGAAUUCAUAAUUUUUAUACAUGCACACUAAAUUUCUUUGACUACUGAGAUAAUACCUCUAAUUGCAUUCAAACUCUUAAGGUUAUUAAUUGACCUGGAAAUAUGCCUAUUCCUUACAUUUCUACAUGUGCAUUAAUCAAUUAAAAAACUUUGUGAUUUGUUUGACCAAUGAUAGUCUCAUAUUGUAAACACAUCUGUGGCUUAUUAAUGGCUUUCUGUGAUUUUGCCAAGUAAGACAAUGUUCCUGGAUCAACAUCCUUGUUAGACGUCCUAUAAACAGACAGAUUUAAAGGUUAUCAGUUUCCUCUUAAAAAUUAAGACUGUUUGCCUGACAGAAAUUUUGACUCCAGAAGCAAAUAAAAGUGGUUGAUCCAGGAAAAAGUCAUAAUAAUAUAUUAGAAGUGAUUUAUUAAAAUAACUUUGUACUUUCAUUGCAGUGUUAUGUGAUGCUGUUUUUGUUGUUAUCUAAUUAAAUCAUCUCAUGUUU